AUAGCCGUCACCACCUCGCAAACCAGCCAUUUCCGAUGUAGAUACACUCAGGAAUCGACCCCAAGCGUCCCACCGCGCCCAAGACCUCGCGCUCGACUCUGCGAGCCUCCCGCCAUCUGCCAUCAAACCCCUUGUACUUCUGCCUUUGUACUUUCUUCGCGGCACCCCUUGUAUUCCGGCCCGCUUGGAGUUUUUUUCUGCUGGAAUGAGGCAUUCUCGUGUACUGGCUUUCUUCUCGAUCCGGACAUACUGCACGACCUUGUAUUCGUCUCCAAAUCACGCCUGGUCGCGACGCUAUAUAAACCACGCCUUCUCACGCCCAAGGUGUUUACCUAGUUCUGCUCCGCAGAUUCUCUCCUCUCCCUACGAUGGGCAACGUACUCGUCAAGUCCCCUCAAGAGCAUGCCUCCGAAACCGCUCGUUACGCAGAGCGGGAGUUCCAGCUCGUCAUCCAGCGCGUUCCGAGGAAGCCAGCACCCGGACACAUCCGCGUCCAUUUCUACUCUCACUUGUAUCAAGUGUACGACGGUGCGCCUCCAGACAUGACCGCUGAUUUUCCACUGUGUCCUCGGGGUGGCCUGGACGUCAACUUGGUGAAGGGUGCCUGGGGUCUGGAAACCUGCACGCCGGUCGAUCCUCUACGAUGGAAACCCGUUGAGCCAACGCACGUGAACUACCUUUCGCCGGUGGCCCUGCGUGUUUUGUCGGAGGAACAAGACGGGUGCAUCAAAGUCAUAGAACCAUUUGUAUCGCAGACCACCUUGAUACAGCGACAAACGCGUCACGCCAUUCUUGCGACCGUCACUGUCCUCUACGUGAUCUGUGCGCGCUGGCUCGACCUCGUUUACCAGUGCCUCGAGACCGAUACGACACUCAUCGCCCACCUGCGGAGGUCAAAGCGGCGUCUGGCCGCCGUCACCAUCGACUGGGAGGCUGUAGUGACGAACAUCCUGCUUGCCGCCUGGGGCCUGCUCGUUUAUGCCUAUUUCAAUGGCAACAUCGCUGCUAAUCAGCGAUUACACAACUGGGCUCGGACUGGUUCGUUAUCUCUCUGAAGUUCUGUUAUUAUGUUUAUGCCUAUAUGCCUAUGCCUAUGCCUGUCCCUGUACUAUGCCUAUCCGCUCCUUGUUGUUGUUGUUGUUGUUGUUGUAUUUGUGUACAUGCGCGUUUGCUCACUCCAUUAUCUUUUGACUCGACUCUGUGUGAUGCGAACCAACCAAGGUGUUUGUCAAAUCCGCCUCGUUGCCUGGUUCGUUAUUCAAGAGAGCCAAUAUCUCAACAUCGAUCACAGGCACGAAGGAAUCUCGCGGAGGUGGCACUGGUUUCUUUUGGAGACCGACAAAUCUGAUAUCCUGGUCGACCAGAGCGCUCUCCUCAGUCCUGCCGGUGUUGCCGUCCUCUUCGUCAUAUCCCCAACCUCUUCUGCAACAGAAUCGGUUACGACAAACAGCAUAUGACAGCCACCAUCCGUUACCGGCUAUUGAGGCUGCUCAACAAAGUGUUGGUAUACAGCUUGCAAAGCGGAAAGUUGAAGGCCAGGUGACUGCAAUUCGGGACUUUGUCGCAAACGCAUACAAGGAAGCAAUCUCACAUUCCUGAGCUCUG